UAAAGUCAACAAGACAACAAACGCUUCAAGAGCUUGCAAGAAGGGAGGAAAAUCUUAUUAAACCCCAAUAAUUAUAAUAAUUACUUUCUUCCUCUACAAUGAAGCUAAAAGGCUGUGGUCAAAGAUUCCAGACCUUAAGGAAAUUUCGAAAAGAUUCCCAGACCUUAAGGAAUAGAGGAGCUUUAUUCCGAGGAGCUGCUCUAGAGGCUGGUUUUGGGGAGCUGGUUGGAGCGGUUGUAGAAGCCAUUAAAACAGCUGCCAUGUUCCGUGAUGUCUUGGAGGAACUGAAUUCCACGCUAUUAGACAUUCAGCCAAUAAUCAAAGACAUAGAAUCACUCAACAAAGGACUUGACAAGGAGCACGAAACAAAGCAGCUCAUCGAAAUCAUCCUCAAAGGAAACAAACUUGUCAGUAAGUGCUCUAACAUCCAGAGGUGGAACUUCUUCAAGAAGACUUGUUAUACAUACAAACUUCAAAGAUUCAAGGAAUCGCUUCAGCUCUUCUGUCAGAUUGAUUUGCAAAUACAGCAAACGAGAGACAUUAAAGAUGUGCUAUUUGGAGUUAAAGGGUUGAGUAUGGAAGUGAGAAGAUUCAGUUCGAAAGAGGGGUCCGGUAGCGAGAAUGGGAUGUUUAGUCAGGUUGCAGUUGUGGGUUCAUGCAAAGUUCCCGAGCCUCCAGGGAAAGUUGUUGGAUUCGAUGUACCCUUGGCAGAGCUAAAGGUGAAGCUUUUCAAAGAUGGGGUAUCAGUCAUUGUUGUGUCUGCUCCGGGAGGAUCCGGAAAGACAACGUUGGUUAAAGAGCUAUGUCGAGAUGAAAAGGUCAAAGGAAAAUUUAAAGAAAACAUCUUCUAUGUCAAUGUUUCGAAGGCACCCAACGUGGAGAUCAUUUUGCGGAAAUUACUCCAAGUUAAUGAUCAUAGAAUGCCUGAAUUUCAAAGUGAGGAGGAUGCCUUGAACCAAUUGGAGCAAAACUUAAGGCAAAUGGCAACUGAUCCCAUAUUACUGAUCCUGGACGAUGUUUGGUCUGGAUCUGAAUCCCUUGUUGACAAGCUCAAGUUUUCAUUGCCAGAUUACAAGAUCUUGGUAACAUCAAGAUUUGCUUUUGCAAGAUUUGAUUCUACAUAUAUUUUGAAACCAUUACAUGAUGAUGAUGCUAUGACUCUUUUUCACCACUCUGCAUUCUCGCAAAAUGGAAAUCCUUACAUUCCAGAAGAUCUCGUGAAUAAGGUAAUGAAAAGUUGUAAGGGACUCCCACUGGCCCUUGAAGUCGUUGGUAGAUCACUUUAUGGGCAGCCUGUGGCAGUUUGGCAAAGUAGAGAAAAGCAGCUGUCUAAAGGGCUACCCAUCUUUCAUUCUAGCUCUGAACUGCUUGCAUGUCUUGAAAGCAGUUUAGAUGCCCUGGAUAGUAUGGUAGGAUUAAAGGACUGCUACCUGGACCUAGGUUCAUUCCCUGAAGAUCAUAUGAUUCCUGCCACUGCACUCAGUGAUAUGUGGGUGGAGCAGCACAAACUUGAUGAAGAUAAUGAUGCCUUUGUCAUCCUCCAUGAAUUCUCCAUCAGGAAUCUGGUUAAUCUUGUAGUCAUGAGGAAAGAUGCAAGUGAAGCUGAUGGCUACUACAAUGACCACUUCAUCAUGCAGCAUGAUCUUCUAAGAGAGCUGGUUAUCUAUCUGAGCAGCUUGGACCCUGUAGAAAAAAGAAAGAGGUUAAUUGUAGAACUAAGCAGCAAUAAUUUUCCCAAUUGGUGGUUGGAAGAAAAGCAACCACCUCUUGGUGCCCGCCUCUUGUCUAUUUCCACAGAUGAAACAUUCUCAUUCAAUUGGGGCAGCAUUCAAGCACCAGAAGUUGAGGUUCUAGUUCUAAAUUUUCGGACAAAGAACUACACCUUGCCUGUCUUCAUGGAAAAAAUGGAGAAAUUGAAGGUUUUGAUAGUCAUGAAUAAUGGUAUCUACCCAACCGAAUUAAGUAACUUUCCACUUCUGUGUUCUUUGUCCAAUCUAACCAGAAUGAGGUUGGAGAAGGUGUCAGUCCCUUCCCUAAGCAUGAGCUCUUUACACCUUAAGAAUUUGCGAAAAAUAUCAUUGGUUAUGUGUAAUAUAGGUCAAGCUUUUAAGAACGGUACUUACAGGAUGUCGGAUACUUUUCCAAAUCUUUUGGAAAUUGACAUUGACUAUUGUGAUGAUCUGGUGGAACUGACUGGUGGGUUUUGUGAUCUUGUUCAACUGAUGAAGCUUAGUAUCACCAACUGCCACAAGCUUCGUGCACUGCCUGAAGGCAUUGGAAAGCUGGUUAACUUGAAAGUGCUAAGACUAACAUCCUGUACUGACCUCAUGACCUUGCCUGAGACCAUUGGGAGCUUAUCCCAGCUUACUGUUCUUGACAUUUCCGACUGUCUAAGCAUCAUCAACAUGCCAAUCCAGAUUGGUGAACUGCACAAUCUAAGCAAGCUCUAUAUGAGAGGGUGCUCCAGCUGUAACCUACCUUCAACAAUUAAAAAGCUUCAACAUUUGAAGGAUGUCAUCUGUGAUGAGGAGACAUCCUAUCAAUGGUAUUCUUUCGAAUCUGAUCUCACCAAUCUAAGGGUAAAAGUUCAUGAAGAAGAAAUCAACUUAAAUUGGCUUCAGACAUGUUUAUGAGUUUUUUCUUGGAUGCUGUAUAAGCAACCUUUAUUUUCAUGUAUAAAGCUUUAUUUUAUGAACAUAAUGGACUCAAUGGACCAUGGCAAUUUGAGACCAGCGUUGUCACAGUCUUUCUCUCUGAAUACUUUAGUCAUAGCCAUCAAACGAUUUGGACCAAUUUCAAAGUCGUAGUCUAUCCCUAAAGGUAAGUUAAAACAACACUUUAUUUUUUUAUUAUUUUAAUAUUCCCGUCAAUGUUGUAGGCUCAGGAAUUUGCCGCGUGUAAAUGCGGCUUUAUUUGUAGGAGAAAAAAAAAGAGCAAGGUUUGGAUUUGAAUUUCGGUGUAAAC